CUUCUGCCUAUAUUUUUUUUCUCUCUGUUGACUCAACAAAAAACUAUACUAUAUCACUCUUCCUGUUUAUUCGCCUCUCUCCGAUCUAUAUGUAAUUCACUUUAUUCUUACUUCAGUUUUGGUCGGUUCAUUUUGUUUUCUUGGUUUGAGUUAUGGCCCACCGGUGGUGGACGGGGUCCGUCGGUCUUGAGAACUCGGGUGACUCGAUGAGGAAACCGGAUCUGGGAUUUUCCAUGAACGAGAGUGCGGUGACUACGAACCACACGGGGGAAGAAGAGGAGGAGAAAGAAAACAGCGACGAAGCUAUUGACGUGGCCAACACGCGCCGCCCGAGGGGUCGUCCACCGGGCUCAAAGAACAAGCCCAAACCACCGAUAUUUGUCACCCGAGACCGCCCCAAUGCGAUGCGAAGCCACGUCAUGGAGAUUGCUAGCGACACCGACAUCGCCAACUGCGUGGUCCAGUUCGCGCGAAGGCGCCAGCGCGACGUGUCCAUUCUCAGCGGCAGCGGGGCCGUCGUGAACGUUACUCUCCGCCAGCCCACGGCUCCUGGCGCCGUCAUGGCUGGCCAAGGUCACUUCGAUAUCCUCUCCCUCACCGGCUCGUUUCUCCCCAGGCCAUCACCUCCCGGUGCCACCGGUCUCACCAUCUAUCUCGCAGGAGGCCAGGGACAAAUCGUUGGCGAUGGGGUGGUGGGCCCACUAGUGGCGGCUGGUCCAGUUUUGAUAAUGCGGUGA